UAAAACACAUGGAAAAUACCACAAGCGUGUCUGUCAAAUGUCGAACGAACGAUCUGUCAUAUCUGUCUAAUUGCGCUUUGCAAACGUCUAAAAUCUAAAAUUUUUCGGUCUUUUCAGUCUUUUCAUCAAAAACUGCAGCCAUGAAAGCCAAAGGAGAGUUGAAAGAAUAUGAAGUCAUCGGGCGCAAACUGCCCACCGAAAAGGAGAAGACCACUCCUCUCUACAAGAUGAGAAUCUUUGCCCCAGACCAGAUUGUGGCAAAGUCUCGUUUCUGGUAUUUCUUAAGGCAACUUAAGAAAUUCAAAAAAUCAACUGGUGAAAUUGUCUCUGUGAAGCCUGUACCAGAACAUACGCCAACUAAAAUCAAGAACUUUGGUAUCUGGCUGAGGUAUGACUCUCGUUCUGGAACCCACAACAUGUACAGGGAAUACAGAGACUUGAGUGUUUCUGGAGCCGUAACCCAGUGUUAUAGAGAUAUGGGAGCUCGUCACAGAGCUAGAGCCCAUGCUAUUCAGAUUAUUAAGGUGGAACAAGUAAAGGCUGCUGAUACCAGAAGACCCCAAGUAAAACAGUUCCACGAUUCCAAGAUCCGUUUCCCCUUACCAAAGAGGAUUCAACACAAAUCUAUGAACAGGUUCUCCGUGCGUAAACCCAGGACAUACUUCUUGUAAGAUGUUUGUCAGGUUUUAGGCUUUAAGGAUGGAGUAAUAUUUAAAUAAAUAACCUUUUGUUUAUUUA